CGUACCUGAAUAUAUGAACAAAUCAAGUACAGAAUUUAAGAAAUUUGAAGCUAAGUUCAUUGAGGAGAUAAAAAAACACCUGCCACCAAUGAUCCUGAAAUUAAUAGAGGAAGGAAAAAUGCGUAUUGUAAUUAAUAGCCUCAGCAAUGGCAGUGUGAUUGCAUCCUUCAGCAUUGUGUUGGAUGGAGGAGAAAAUUUAACAAAGACAGAGAUUUCAGAUGCUUUUACGGAGGCCCUUAACAUGAGUACAGUACUGAAAGCUGAUCUUAAAAGGACUGUUAUAGAAGCAAGGAAUAGUUGUCAGCCAGGAUUUAAUGACUGCUCACGAAAUGCUACCUGUACUGCUGAAGGAGCAACUUAUUCCUGUCAAUGCAGUGAAGGAUUCACAGAUAACAGUCCCCAGGUUCCAGGGAGAGUUUGCCGACUAAAGCAGAAUCCACCUUCACAACAGAUAACUACAGUCCCUCCAGAAGGUGCAAUGGGUAGAUCUACAGGAAUCACAACUAGUUCUGUUUUUGCUACCACAUUUACAUCAGGAGCUUGCAUGCCAGUGCUCAUUAAAAUUGAGAAUGUGACUGAGGAGAAAAUACAACUCAGCUGGACCUCAGAGGAUAGCAAGAGAGGCAGUCUCUACACCAUCUUCCUCAUGGAUGGAAUCCGAGAGAUAAACAAAACUACUACGAGUGAGACAACAAUAAUGUUUAAACAUCUGCUUCCUGGUCACGUAUACACAGUGUCUGUGGAAGUAUUAUCUUGUGCUGAGAAUAGCAGGACUUCAGUGACUGUUCGAACAGAUCCCAUUUCCUGUUUCAACAGGACUGAUUUUUGCCUAUCACAGAAUCGUGGUUGUCCGGACUUAAAAUAUAUUAUAUGCUCAAACUACCAAUCCUUUGUCUGCAGAGCUUUGUUAAAAAACCAGACAUUUAACAGUUCCCUUUAUGACACUAAUACUGAAAGCUACAAAGCAAUGUCUGAAAGUAUCAAAACAGAAGUAAGUUGCUGUAGUCUUAUUUGUCACCAUAAGUAAGCUUAGAAAAUUUUUGAAAUUAGCAAUGCUGGUCACUUAUAUUCUUUGUUAAAUCAAGAUUUGUGAUAGGAGAAAAAGAUGAUCCCUCCUUGAUAAACUAGCAUAUGAAUCACUUGCUCAACAAGAACUGUAUUGACCAAAGGAGACAAAUGAUGUCAUCUGGUGAGGAGGGGUACAUUACCUACCUAGUCUUCAAAUGUGCAGUAUUUAGUGAAAGAUGAUUUAGAAUUCUUUUUUACAAGCACAAGGAUCUUCCCAUGUCCUUAAUUUUCCUCUGCUGCACUAAACAUGUGCCUGUGGAGAAGGAA